AUGGGCGUGGCUGUUGUGGGCGUCGUGUUCCUGACGUCGCUAGUGGUCACGGGUUGGACAGGUGUGGCCUGGAUAUUGACCCCAUGUUUCUUGCUGGCGGCUCUCCCACUGCCGGCGUUUCUACAGACCAAACGCUUCUAUCGCCGCGUCACUCGCUUCAUACAAUGGGCGUGGAUGGGCCAAGUGAAAUUGUUUGGAAUCCAGGUUCGAGUGCUCGGCGAUGCGGAGACGAAAGCUCGUGAGAGCGAAUUAUCGAAGGAUCGAGCGCUAUGGCUGUCAAACCACCGCACUCGUAUCGACUGGAUGCUGCUGUGGAGCGUCGCGUGGCGGACGCGGACGCUGCAUCAGUUGCGGAUCGUCUUGAAGGCCCCAUUACGGAAAAUGCCCAUCUUCGGGUGGGCCAUGCAGCACUUCAUCUUCAUCUUUCUGCAACGCCGUUGGGCUGAUGACCAAGUGAAUUUGCGCAAGUUGUUGCCAUUCCUCACGUCGACAGAACCGGAGGCUUCCUAUCUCCUUUUCCCCGAAGGCACCGAUCUGAGCGAGAGUAACCUCGAAAAGAGUGCUGUAUUUGCAGAGAAGAAAAGCCUUUCACCUCGUCAGUACUCGCUGUACCCACGCACGACGGGUUGGACAUUUAUGUUCCCACUGCUGCGCUCACAACUUACCGCUGUGUACGAUGUCACCAUGUUCUACGUGGACUAUGCCGCUAACGAACGUCCAUCGGAGUCGUCACUGCUUACCGGUCGUAUGCCGCGAAUGAUCCAUUUCUACAUCGAGCGAGUGGACAUCUCGGUUUUGCGUGACAAAAGUGAGACUGACUUAGCGGCCUGGUUGGAAAAGCGCUUCGAACGUAAGGAGUCUUUGCUCAAGGCCUUUUACGAGGACAACGGCAAGCUUCCUCAUGGAGCCGAACCUCUCUUUCAAGAGAAUCAAGGUACUGCGAUGGUGAUGCUGGUGGCGUUUUGGCUCAUAUCCAUUGGUGCUGCCACACUCCUUGGAUUGAUUGGCAACUUCAUCUCGGUCAUUGCUGCGCUGGCGGUUGUAGUUGGAUACGCCACCAACACGGCAUAUGGGCCUGGCGUGGACGGGUUUCUCAUAAACAACUCGUAG